UGAGACUAUACCUAAGCGUAUUUGUCUCCACAAAAGACGCCGUUCAGCAACCUUCCUCCAUUUUUGAUAAAAAGCUCCCAUCAAUAUUUUCAAAGUCAGUAUUGCUACUCCAUUUCGGUGCAAUGUCUUCAUCGCUCUCCCACCAUUACGAGUUCUAAACUUUGUGGUGGCAUAUAUUAGGCACUUUGUAUGACGCUGGUUUAGCAAAUGGAAUAUGCACUGUUAGAUUACUUGCAGUUUGAAAUAGCACCUCCAGUAAAUGCAUCUUUUCGAAGGUAUCCUCUUGCGACUCAACUCUUAAUGAAGUAGUCUGUUCACCGGAGAAGUUUAUUGGUUAACUAUUCUUCUUUUGCAUAUUUUGUCUAAAACAAGGUGGUUGGACGAUAUUCGGUAUUCAAUCAUCAAUUUUUCAAUCCAAAGAUAUUACAUCUUGCUCCUGGCAAAAAAUGUGGUAAAGUCAUAAUGUGUGAAAGUAUUUGACAUGCAGGAGUUGAUCUCUCCUUUGCUGCAAAUUGAGAAUUGAAUUAUUUUCGGCUGACUGGAAUGGACUCUUUAAGGUCCAUGAUUUUUGCUUGGUAUUCAUGGGCAUUCUUUUGUAGGUGCCGCAUCACUUGGCUAAUGUGAUCCGCAUGUUGUUCGGUUUCUGCUCUGGGUUUGUAGUUAAUCUGGUUUUGUAUGAGUGAUGCUCUUGAAAACAGUGCUAUAUUGUAGCUUCACACUUUGUGUACAAAUUUUUCCUAUCACUUAGAAUGUAGCUGUAUCUGUUUUCGAGUUGAAUACAGCUAUAUUGACUUGGAAAGAAAUUGAUCUGCACGUACUGGUUUCACAGGCACAUGAGAAAACGACUGCACAAAGGUAAGCUCGUAGCUAGAGGAGUGAAAUUUAUCAGCCAAGUGAAUUUAAUUGAUGUUGCGAUAUUAUGCUGUCCUAUUUUCAAGCUAAAAGUUUAGUGAUUUCUACGGUUGAAGUAAUGUGAUACCUUUGCGGUGCCAUACAUUUUAUGUCUUGAAAUGUAUAACAAACUAAAUAUAAGAUUUUAGGAGUGUAUUUGUUUGAAGCUGUACAUUUGCAACACUAUUAGUAAGAAACUUUGCAUUGUUGAUUAUGCCUUUUUGUCUUGUGCAGCUAAUCAGGCCUUUCUUCAGCUGAAGCAACAAGGGGAGGGAUUAGAGAAAAUUACAACAUUUUCUUAUGUAAAUAGAUUUUGACAACAAUAGAUUUUGGCAUUCUUCUCCUAAUGAGGAACAUCUUGAAAUUGAACGUACGUGUAUGCUACUUUGGUUAGACAAAAAAAGGGACAUCGGGCACCCGUACCUAGCACGGGCACUGAUACUGAAUAUUUGCACUCUUCACGAUUCUACAGGGGAAAAGUCUAACAAUCUACCCGACCCCUCCUAUGCCACUGCUCUGAACUCCAAUCUCACCCCAGUGACAAAAACUACACUCAUCUACAGGUCGCCGGAAAUCCACAAAGGGAAAUCAACUGUCUUCUUUACUAUUCAGGAGGAGGAAGAGCUUGCAAAAGAUUGCAAAUUCACUCUAAUUGGGAAAUUUUCUCAUGGUAGACCGUCAAUCGAAGAUAUCAUAAGUGAUUUCUCAGCCAGAUUUACAGUAAAAGGUAAGGCCAAAGAUGAAACUAUUCAUCAUACUUUCCUAGAUGGUGAGCUGGCUAGGACUAUAUGGAAUUUCUUUGGAAUUCCUCUAGGAAUUCCAUGGGAACACAAUACCUUAAGGACUUUGUUGAUGAAAUGGUGGUAUGUCAAAGCAGAAAAUGGUCUGCACAAAGAUCUUCUCAAAGUAAUUCCUGUUGUCAUUUUCUGGGAAAUAUGGAAAUCAAGGUGCUCAAACAGGUAUGAAAAAUCAAAAAUCUCAAAGGCUUGGGUUAUUUACCAGGUAAGCUAUCAUAUCAGAUGGUUAGUCACUAAGACUAACAAUAACAAACGCUGGAAAUGGCCUUGGCAUGAACUUUGCAAACAAAUUAUGCUUUUGUCUCCCAAAAUUGAUUGCAUAAUUGUAAGAUGGAUUAGACCACCUUUGAACUGGAUUAAGCUGAACACCGAUGGCAGUCACAAUUGUGAGGAUGAUAUUGGAGCUGGAGGCAUUGUCAGGGACAGUAAUGGGAAUCUCAUCAUGGCUUUUGCAAAAUCCCUCGGAAAGGGUAGUAGUAAUUUAGCAGAAGCUAAAGCUGCUUUAUAUGGAAUGAAAUGGUGCAUCUCUAAUGGCUUUCGGAACAUAAUUCUGGAAAGUGAUUCUCUCAUCAUAAUCAACAUGCUUGAAGGAAAAAUCAACAUUGCUUGGGAGUUACAAGACUCUAUUGCUUGGGAGUUACAAGACUCUAUUGAUACGAUAAAACAAUUGCUCUCUUAAACAAACUACAUUGCUCAACACUGUUAUAGAGAAGCAAAUCAAGUCGCGGAUGCAUUGGCUAAAUGGAGUAUGAAUGGUCAGGAAGAAAUAGUCGUUGAAAUAAAGAAUCUUCCAAAAGAGGCAAUCGGGACUUAAAUUCUGGAUAAAGACAAUGUGGCUUCCAUCAGACACAAACAAAGGAAGAAUAUGUAUGUAUAAUGUAGCUAAAGUAUCUGAGAACUUCGUAGUUUAUGUUUUCAAAUUUUCUGUAAAUGGUUGCUGAGGUCUGGUUUUCCCAACCUCAGAUA